GGUGGAACGUAAAAAAGUCUAAAACGAAGGCGGCGAUUGUAAAUUUUAAAAAAAGCGGAUUUUUGGAUGUUUUUGCGUUGAAACUUAAUUGUAAUGUUGUGCAACGGAUUGCUAACUGAAAUUAGCCAAAUGCUAACGCGAGUGAAUAGUUGUGAGGUUACUGUAGUAAAAGUAGCCAAUAAACGGGUUACAAACGCGUUCAUGGCGCGUUAUAAUCAGGAAUGUAAAAUAUAAACGUGUCUUUAAUAUAAAUCACAAGUUGCGUGAUAUAAACGUGUUGACAUUGAAUACCAAGAAAUGGUGGCAAUUCACUUCCGGUGUAUGCGGAAAUGGGAGUAGAAGUAAAAUGCGGUCUGGAUCGUGGACCUGUAACCUCUAAAGCUAAUCGUGGCUAACAACCAGCUGUAUUUUAAACCCCGCGAUAUUCCACUAUAUUGUAACUUAUUAUUUAAUGUUACUGUGUGAUGUUAUUAAUGGUAUGGUUCGCGCUAAUAAACCUGAGCACAAGUAUGAGCACAGCUAACAGUUAGCAUUAGCAGCCUGUGACUCCCUCAGGCCUGGUCGAAGGCCGCGGCCUGGUUAUUUCACUCCCAGUACAUUAACGCGCGCGCGCACACACACGUGUAAACGUUACUGUUUCGGUGGCGUUACUGUGUUUACUGUGUAAUUCUCCCGGUGAACGCUACACAAACACCGCGCGGCGUCUGAGAACAAGUGCACACUCCAUCUAGGGUCCCUUUGAGUGUCCACCAGAGAACUUUACAACACUGACAGUUUGGCAGGCAGGUUCGAGACUUUCCUCAUGCAGAACCACAGGAAAUGAAUAAACCGCCUCAGCCUAUCACAGGACCGCCCUCUGUUCCUCACCCCGCCCCCUCUCCAGGAUUGACGUCGGCUGUUUAUCCCCCUGGUCAGCCCACCUCUGUUGUUUUUGCCACUCCACCUCCACCAAUGAACUCUGCACCACAACCCAGACAGUUUGCACCAGGGCCUCGUGCUUUACAUCAACAGGGUGGAUUCAGGUCACUGCAGUCGUAUUACCCCCGGGGCAAUUUACAGAGUAACGCCCCACGAGUGGCUACUAAUAACCCGCCCCGCCCCGUCCCGCCCCCUCAUGUCUACCCCUCGUCUUCGCAGAUGGUAAUGAUCCCACAGCAGCAGCUCCAGUUUCCGCCCAACUCCCAGGGCCACGCCUACUUCAUCCAGUCAGGACAGUACCGUGCGCCGUACGUUCACCAGACGCAGCAGUAUUCAGUGGCCAGCGCCCCAGCAGGCUUCUACCCAGGAACCAACCCAGACUACAGCUCCACGUAUGAGGCCGCUCUGGGAGCGAGGGAGAGGCGGGGGGGUGGGGGGAGAGGCGCGGUUCGAGAGAACAGCCGUCUCUCUCAUCACGCCGUUCCUCUCACCUCCCACCGCUACUCCGCUGGAGCAUAUUAUCCUACUCAAGCUCAGUACCAGCCUUCAGUGCCCACUGCGCCUGUUAUGAUGAACCCCACCCAGCAGCAACAGGCCCCACCCCCUCAGCAGCAAGCCCCACCCCCUCAGCACAAAAGGGAACGAAAACAGAUUAGAAUACGAGACCCUAAUCAGGGAGGACGUGACAUCACAGAAGAGAUCAUGUCUGGAGGAAGGACCACGUCUACACCCACACCUCCGCAUUCUGUAGGAGCCGAGGUCAGUUGUGCCCAGACGAACGGUGAGAGUGCGACUCCUGCCGCUGCUGCCCCGGUGGUCCGACUCGAUGAUUGUGUGAGGUCCUCAAGCCCUGCAGCUUCUGACUCCACCCCCCCGCCUCGUUCAGAUCCUUCCCCUGAGCCUAAAUCCGUCCCAGACGUCCUCGCUGCUCCGGAGGUUCCUGUUCCUCCAGGACAAAGUGAAGACGCCGUGUCAGAACCUUCUCCCUCCUCGUCUCCCGCUCCUACGGUUCUUCCUCCGGAGCCCACGCCAAGCGACAGUGUGGACGCCCCUGAGCCACCCGAAACAAAAAAGGAGGAAGAGGAGGAGCCUAGUGUCACCUCUGCAGAGCAGCUGUGCUUCGAGAACACGGAGCCUGAAAAGGAGGCGGAGCCAUGCGUAGAAAUGCCACUUCCUGACUCCAACACGCCACCACCUGAGGAGGACACGCCCCCUGUAGCCGCAGCAGCCACCAAUGGGGAGACAGAAUCCCACGAGUUUGUACCCACCCCACCGCCCACAGCCGUGCCCGCUCCUGAGACCGAGCUCGUCCCGGUGACCAACGGUCUGCCUCAGGAGCCCGAGGAACUGCAAGACGAGAAACUCGAGGCAGAACCCGAGGCACUCGCUGAACCCGAGGUUCAGGAAACCGAUGCAAAAACCUCUGCAUCUGUAGAAGAGGAGGAAGAAGAGGGCAGAGUGGAGGAAGAGCUCACUCCUGCUGAGGAGACGACUAUGCAAGCUGUUCUGCCCAUGCCAAAGAAGAAGAAGCUGAAGAAAAGCGAUCUGAAUAACAAAGUGGUCGGAGACGUUUUGGACGCGUAUAAAGAGACGGAGGAGAAGGACCUUGUUCCUGAGCCGGUUCUCAUUGAGGUCCAGCCCUCAGAGCCUCGUUCUGCUGCCUCUCCGUCCCCCGAGGAGACAGACGAGACGUGGGAGGAAAAGGAGGAUAAACUGGACACGGAGAACGUCGAGCCUGAUACGGGCAAAUCCGUGGAACAGAAAUACCAGUAUAAAGAGGAGCACUGGAAGCCCAUUAAUCCAGAGGAGAAGAAGCAGUACGAUCGUGAGUUCCUGCUGCGCUUCCAGUUCAUCAGUGCCAGCAUGCACAAACCCGAGGGCCUUCCACACAUCACAGAUGUGGUUCUGGACAAGGCCAAUAAGACACCGUUGCGGCCGUUGGAUCCGAGCCGUCUGAUUAAUUGCGGGCCUGAUUUCACGCCUUCGUUCGCUAAUUUGGGCAGAGCGCCUCCUGGAGCAGGACGAGGACCUCCCCCAGGGCCACGGCGGUCUCAGCAGGGUCAGCGUAAAGAGCCACGCAAGAUCAUCGCCAGCAUGUCGCUUAAUGACGACGUGCAACUGAACAAGGCCGAGAAAGCCUGGAAGCCAGGGGUGAAGAAGCCCCGUGGCGACGAGGAUGACCCGGAAAAUAUCAAGACCCAGGAUCUGUUUCGAAGAGUGCGCGGUGUCCUAAACAAACUGACGCCGCAGAUGUUCCAGCAGCUCAUGAAACAGGUCACGGAGCUGACCAUCGACACCGAGGAGAGACUCAAAGGAGUCAUCGACCUCAUCUUCGAAAAAGCCAUUUCUGAACCCAACUUCUCCGUCGCUUAUGCCAACAUGUGCCGCUGCCUUAUGGGGCUGAAAGUGCCCACCACUGACAAACCGGUAGCCACUGUGAAUUUUCGCAAACUGCUGCUGAAUCGCUGCCAGAAGGAGUUUGAAAAGGACAAAGAUGAUGACGAGAUCUUUGAGCAGAAGCAGAAGGAGCUGGAUGCUGCUGCAGAGGAGGAAGUCCGCCAGCAGUUAAAAGUCGAGCUGGAGGAAGCAAAAGACCAAGCUCGCCGCCGUUCCCUCGGCAACAUCAAGUUCAUCGGAGAGCUGUUCAAGCUGAAGAUGCUGACCGAGCCGAUCAUGCAUGACUGCAUCGUCAAGCUGCUGAAGAACCACGAUGAGGAAAGUCUCGAAUGUCUCUGCAGACUCCUGUCCACCAUCGGCAAGGACCUGGACUUCGAGAAGGCCAAGCCUCGUAUGGACCAGUACUUCCAACAAAUGGAGAAAAUUAUUAAAGAGAGAAAAACAUCUUCACGGAUCCGCUUCAUGCUGCAGGACGUGUUGGACCUGAGAAAAAAUAACUGGGUUCCCCGGCGAGGUGACCUGGGGCCUAAGACCAUUGACCAGAUCCAUAAAGAAGCCGAACUGGAGCAACACAGAGAGCAGAUUAAAGUGCAGCAGCAGCUUCUGUCCAAGAAAGACUCGAGUCGAGGAAGAGGAGGCAGAAUGAAUCAGCCUCAGGAUGAGGGCUGGAACACGGUGCCCAUCAGCAAGAACCGGCCCAUCGACACGUCCCGCCUCAGCAAGAUCACCAAGCCUGGUGCUUUGGAUUUCAACAAUCAGCUUCUUGCCCCCGGAGGAAAGGGAUCAUGGGGCAGUUGGGGUAAAGGGAGCAGUGGUGGAACCGGAGCCAAACCCAGCACUGAACAAGAUGCAGGCCGACCGGCAACGAGCACCCUGAACCGCUUCUCGGCUCUUCAGCAGUCAGGACCUUCCUCCACAUCCUCCUCAUCCUCACAGGACUCUGAGCGCAGAGUCCCUCAAAGGACCAGCUCAAGUCGAGACCGCAGCGAGCGAGACCGUUUCGAUCGCUUGGAUCGCCGGGACAGUCGUGAGGACCGAGACAGAGGGCUGGACAGGACACGAGUCCCCAUCACUAAACGCAGCUUCAGCAGGGAGAGCGAGGACCGGUCUCGAGGCGGAGACGUACGCCGUGUGUCCAGCAUGACGGACGAGAGGGAACGUGGAAGCCGAGACAGAACCGCCAGCAGAGAGACGGCAGGUAACGAGAAGGUGAAGAGUGAAACGACCUCGAUGCCGCCACCGCCACCACCCGCUCCGAGCAAACCGGCCCUGAGUGAGGAGGAGGUGGAGAAGAAGUCCACCGCCAUCGUAGAGGAGUAUCUACACAUCAAUGACCUGAAGGAGGCAGUGCAGUGUGUAAAGGAGCUGAACAGUACUUCGGUGCUCUUCGUGUUUGUACGUAACGCUGUGGAGUCGACGCUCGAGCGCAGCACCAUCGCCCGAGAGCACAUGGGACUUCUUCUGCACAAACUAAUCAGCACUGGCAUUUUACCUCCCGAUCAGUACUUCAAAGGGCUUCAGGAGAUUCUGGAGGUGGCUGAUGACAUGGCUAUUGACAUUCCACACAUCUGGCUGUAUCUGGCAGAGAUCAUCACACCCAUGCUGCAGGACGGAGGGAUCUCCAUGGGGUCGGUCUUCAGAGAGGUGGCGAAGCCGUUGCUGUCGAUAGGAAAAGCUGCUGUGCUGCUGGUUCACAUCCUCAACCUACUCUGUAAAGGACUGACUCAUAAAAAAGUUGGUGCCUUGUGGCUCGACGCAGGACUCAACUGGAAGGACUUCCUGCCUGAGGAUGAGGAUGUUAACAAGUUUGUGACAGAACAGAAAGUGGAGUUUACGCUGGGGGAGGAGCCUGAGAAACCAGGGAAGAAGGAGCUGAGCGCAGAGGAGCUGAGCAAGAACCUCGACCGGUUGAUCCAGGACAAGACCAACAACCAGAGGAUCCAUGACUGGGUGGAGGCAAAUCUUGACGAGCAGCAGAUGACCUCCAGCUUGUUCAUCCGAGCUCUAAUGACCUCUGUGUGCCAAGCGGCCAUCAUCUGUGAGAACCCAUAUAAGGUGGAUGUGGAGCAGGUCACCCAAAGGGCCAAGCUGCUGCAGAAGUACCUGGUGGAUGAGCAGAAGGAGCUGCAGGCACUCUACGCUCUCCAGGCUCUCAUGGUGCGACUGGAGCAACCGGCCAAUUUGCUGCGGAUGUUCUUUGACACGCUGUAUGAUGAGGACGUGAUUAAGGAGGAAGCGUUCUACAAGUGGGAGUUCAGUAAAGACCCGGCCGAGCAGGUGGGAAAAGGCGUGGCCCUCAAAUCAGUCACCGCGUUCUUCACCUGGCUCCGAGAGGCAGAGGACGAAUCAGAUAACAGCUAAAAAAUAAAAGUAUGGAGCGGUACUGCAACGAGGGAAAAGGACUACAAACUGAACUUGGACACAGACUACAAUCACUUCUCUUUUAGUUUUUCUCUUCUUUUUUUUUUUUUUUUUUUUCUUGCUCACUUUUUGGAAAAAAUAAAGGUUCUUAAAGGGGGGCUUUUGGUUGGAGUGGAUGAGAAGGUUGUUGGUUCCCCCCCCCCUUGCUGCAAAACGACCUACCCCCCGUAACCCACCCGCCCCGUUUAUGCUGCUCUUAUUAACCCGUCAGUGUAGAUGAAAACGCAGCGUUAGUGUGUGUGUAUAUAAGACGCUCUGGAGGCAUGAGUGCGAUCAUGCUGUUAACGAGCUCUUAAUUAGGAGCUUUAUCCUCUCUGGUGUACGUCAGAAGCCUGGUGUUACUUUUAACAUGUAAGAAGGAAGACGUUGAGAAUCAAGUAUUUACUGACGGAUCUGAUUUUUAUUUAUUUUCUUUUUCCCCUGUUUAAUUUUUAGAGCAGGUGUUGAUCUGGAUUCAUAGGGACGAACUUUGGUCUUUGAAUCCUCCUCUUUCUCCCCCCUCUUUUUUUUUUUUUUUUAAUAAAAUAUAUACAUACACGCUGCUGGAAAAAGGGUUACCAUUCUUCCUUCUAAGUCAUCCCUCUGUUUAUCUAGCACGCUCUCACUCUGCCUACAUGGCAUUCUUGGGGUUUUUUGUUUUUUUUUUAAACCUUGUGAGGGUUCUCACCAUCAGCCCCACCCCCACCCCAGUCAAACAAAACCUGCCUUUUUUUUUUUUUUUUUUGAAUAUAUAAAUAAAAGUAAUUCAUUAAAGAAGAUAACUUGAAGACUGGACAAUGCAAUCGUCUAAAACAUCUGAGACAGAAACAAUCUGAAGUGUAUCUGCUCGCACUGAAGUGGGGAAACAUUUCAGGAGAAUUCUGUACAUAUGAAAGGGUGUUUUUUUUUUUUUUUUUUCCCCCAAAAACCUAAAAAAAAUUAGCAAAAUGCUGUUUAAUGACCUGCAAUUUUUUUCAGAUAGAAAUAGCAUUUUUUUUUUCUUGUAUUCUAUUUAAGUUUUUUUUCUCUUCCCUUCUUCCAGGUGAGAGGUGCUUAAUAAUCCAUUGAUUACAGUUUUAUUGAGGAAAAAAAUGUAAAUAUUUUUUUGCUUUACUUUAUUAUUUAAGGAUUUAUUGCUUCUUUCACAUCAGAAACUGGAAACCGCUGAAGAAACACAUUAAAAAUAAAAGAUUAUAAACUUGC